CAUUUUGUUUUAAACAAACUGAAAUACGCGUAAAAUCGCAUAAAACAACUGCGGCAUUUGUAAAAUAUAUGAUAAUUUAAUUAAAGAAACGUUACAAUGUGUUGGUAAUAAAGUGUGUGUGUUUGUGCUAUUUGGCAAGGCUUGGUCUUAGCCUGCCUUUUCGGCCCAAAACAAGUAAUUCGCAAAAACAGUCGCAACGAAGCUGCAAUGCGCUGCACUUGAGUGAGUGAGAAGGCAAGAUUGAGUCACAUACUUCUAACCAAAUUUAAUCACCAAAUAAACGGCAAAUGCGACUGCAAAAAUCUAUAAGGCAACAAACAUUCAUUGAUACAAAGACCGCGUGUUUCUCGCGUAGCGCCCAGCAGCAGAAGCAGCAAAUACCAGGGACAGGCAUGCAAAACAACGCUGUCGACAACUGUCGAUAAUUUAUCGACUGUCUGCAUUAUCGCGCAAGGACCGCUCGCUGAAAACUUUUGCAAGUGGGUGGAUGCGGUCGUGUGGUUGGUGUGAAAAAAAACUGGACCAUCAUCAUCAAAUGAAUCCGUUGCUGGCGCCGCCAUAUACUGGAACAUUGCCCUUUGACUCCAUGGAUUUGUCGCUGCAAUCAAGUCGCAGCGCUGCGCCCACGCUGAAUAAAACUGGCCAACAACAACAGCAGCAAGCACAACAACAACAACAACAGCAGCAGCAACAACAACAACAGUCGCAUUUGCAUGCACCACCCAAUUAUCCAACGAUACACAAUUUGACCACAAAUACGCCAGCAGGCGUGCAACAAGGACAUCUGCCGGGCUUGCCAACAUCGACAUCGCCUGCCAGCGCUGCCAGCAAAUAUCUGAAUGCAAAUGGCACUGGCCCUGCCGAUUGCGAGUCGCUGUUGCCGCCCCCGCCAAGUACCCCGCCCAAUAAUAACAAUCACAACAACAACAGCAGCGGCAGCAACAGUGGCAGUGGCAAUGGCAGCAACGCCAACAACAACAGCAGCAGCAACAACAAUGUGCCGCCGCCCCAUUAUAUGCAGCAUCGUGACGAAAACUUUAAGCUGACGCAGCUGAAGAGCAUGCAAAAGAGCGCCGAGCUGAGCGGUAAGGACUGCGGCUAUACGGGCGCCACAGGCAAACUGGCCACGCACAACAUGCAACAGCAGCAGCAGCAGCAGCACGCCAAAAAGCCUUCGCCGCUGCGCAACUAUCAUCAGCAACAGCAGCAGCAGCCGCCGCCAUAUAACAUGACGCCACCAAAAUAUAAUGGCCCGCAGACGCCACCAACGCCUCAGUCGCCGCUGGACUACAAUCAGCUGCAUUUGCAUCAUCAGCUGCACGCAAGCGUAGGCAGCUAUGCGCCACAACAGCAGCAGCAGCAACAGCAGCCACCGCAGCACAUGCAGCAGGAGCAACAGCAGCAGCAUUUGCAUUAUGCACCGCCAGCAACGCACCAUAACCAGCAUCUAGCACCACCACCACCACCGCCGCUGUCUCACAUGACGAGCGCACAAUUUCAGCAGAGGCAGCAACCGCUACUGCAGCAGCAGCAUCAACAGCCAACGCCGCCGCAGCAAACGUCACAAAUGCAUUCCCGCAAUACGCAACUAACGAAUCUCGAUAUGCUGUCUAAGCACAAGCCAGAAGAGCAGCAACAGCAGGCGGCACAAGAAGAGUCACAAACGAUCAUUACCGAUCUGUCCACAACGGCCUCAUAUCGCAGUAACAAUGCACCGCUGCCGCCGCCAGUUGCCGAGGACAAACAGCUAACCGAGGCGCCCGAAUCGCCGUACAUGACAACCUCAAAUGAGGAAUCACUGGAGUCCAAUAGCAACAGCAGCAAUAGUCGGAAGCGGCGAAAGCGCAAAGCCAGCCAGGUCAUGCGUCUGACGCCCAGCGACAAUGUGAAAAGGCAGCGCACCCCGAGUCCUCUCAGCAACAGCUGCAGUCCCAAGCACUCGCCCAAGAAUGGCGCCGAUGUGCACGAGUUUCAGCCAUUCUCUUUGAAGGAGCAGCAGCAGCCCGAGCUGCCCCAAGAAAAUGGACGAUCAGUGUCGCCGCCAACUGCGGCUGCAACUGACAAUAGCAAUAGCUCCACAGUGUACAACGACACGGACAAUCCCAAGACUAAGAAGCAGCGACAGGCGCUGCUCCAACGCAAUCUCACAGAGCAACGACAGCAGCAGCGUCGCCAGGUUGAGGAUGAGCUGCAGGAGCAGGAGCAGGACCAGCAGCAGCAGCAACAGUUGCCCGCGACAAAAGCAGCUAAAGAAGCACUAGUGCAGCCGCCAAGUCCGCAGAGCAAUAGCAGCAGCAGCAGCUCGAGCAGCUCCAGUGCGGCCACGCACAGCAGCCAUAGCAGUCGGACCAGUGAGGCGCCGCCAGUCAAAGAGCAACAGGAGCAACAGCAGCAGCAGCUGGACAAUAACAAGGCCAUCACAGACACGCCCGCAUCCCCAGCGCUGGUAGAGCAGGGUGACAUUGAUGCCAAGCCCGCGGUAAGCGUGCACGAUGAUGAGGAUGAAGUGGAAGCGCCGGCUGGAAAACAAUCGCCCGCAGUAGCAGCAACAGCAACAACAAAUACAACAGCAGCUGCCCCCACCACAGAGCCCUGCCAUUUUAACGAGGUGGAGGAUAAGCUGGAGAAAAUGUUUGCUGGCAUUGAAGACGAGCCCGCUGAGCAAGCAGAUGAGCCGCCAAGCGUAGCAAAAGCAGUCCGUGCAGAGCAUGACCUUAGCGCACAAUUAGCUUUAGACAGUGGUGCACAGGUCAAAGCUGUGGUGCAGGAAACACCUGUUGCUAGCACACCACCAGCUGCGAGCACGCCCACGCCGACGCCUGAAUUGCGGCCCAUGGCAACCAAGGCGGCCAUGAAAUCGACGCUGCCCAGUCCCAUACACAGCCCGACGCCGACAACAGAGCCGCUAGCCAAGGAGCACACCGAACAUACCCCAUCGCCGGCAGCGUCAGCAACUCCGCCAAGCGUCAAAUUGACGCCGCGAACGCCGCCGACGCGUUGUCUGCCGCCCCGGCGACUUUCUAUGGGCAUGGAUCCCUCGCUGCUGCGCUUCACCAUAGAGGAUCAGGUGAAGCCGAAGAAAACGCCGGUGCGCAAGAAGCAGCCGGCGGUGGUGACGCCACCGGAAACGGAAAUUGUACAGCUGGACAGCGAUGAUGACAAGCCCAGCACAUCAGCCGCGGCAGCAGCUGCGCUGGCGGCACGCAAGCUCAGCGAAGUGGCUGUGGCCAAAACGCUGGCACCGAAGGCGAGCAAUGGAAAUGUCAACAACAAGAAAAAGAACAAGAAGAAUGCGCCCAAGGGUAAGAAGCCAACGGGCAAGAACGGCGCCAAGCAGAAUGUUGGCAAAAAAGGUGUCGCCGGCGGCGCACGCAAAAUUUUCAGCACCGACGAGGACAGCACACCGGCGCCCAAUCGUGAGAGCAGCAACGGUGCAGCUCCAGAUCUCAGGUUUAAAUCCCCAUUCAUACUGAUCAAGCCCGAUGGCAGCAUUAGCAUUAAGAACACGCACAGCGCCGAAGAUGUCAACGAAAAGCAGACCAAGAAGAAGCACACAAAGGCACCCCAUGAACGCAAAAAUCUGCGCGGCAUGCACAGCUCAACGUUGAGCAAUCGCUAUGAUGCGGACACCACCGACUCCAGUUGGAUAUGCGUGUUCUGCAAGUGCGGACCACACAAGCUCGGGCUGGGUGAUCUCUUCGGGCCCUAUCUGGUUUCCAUAGACUGUGAGGAGUAUCGAACAGCGGUGCAGGUGCCAGCGGGAGUGCACGACAUCGAUGGGCUAUUUGUGAGCAAACGCAAGCGCGCCGACAUGGUCAAGAUGCAGGAGCGCAAUCUUCCCGUAGUGCCCGCAACGCUGGCGAACAUUAUGCAGGCGCCCAAGAUAACAAUGCACAAACGCAAACGCAAGCAAACCCACGACAGCGUCUACUCCUGCAGUGAUGAUCCGAACGAAUCGCAGUGCUCCUCGCAGGAUCCGCUCGACUGCAGCCACGAGGCCAAGUUCGUUGAAACGUUUCGGGGCAUGUCGAAAACCUCCGAGCAGUGCUACGAGAUUUGGCUGCACGAAGAUUGCGCCGUCUGGGCCAAUGAUAUACAACUGAUUGGCGCCCAUGUGAAUGGCCUGGAUGCGGCCGUCUGGGACAGCACGCGGUAUCAGUGCGUCCACUGUGCACAGCCCGGCGCCAAUGUGUGCUGUUUUCAACGCACCUGCAAGGCAGCGGCGCAUGUGCCAUGCGCCCGUGUCGCCAGCUGGAGCCUGAGCGAGCAGGAACGCAAAGUCUAUUGCCAGCUGCAUGUGCCACUAGAGGCAAUCACAACGACAGCAGCAGCUGCUGCAGCUGCAGCAACAACAGUAGCGGUGGCUGCAACCAUACCAGCUAGCGUAGUUGAGCCACCGCCCACACUGAACAUCAAUUCGCUUCCCUGAGUACGCGUGCGCGUACAGAAAUGUCGCCUAGACGUCAAGCGUUGAGCGCACGCUAAUAGCUCGGAUAUAUAAAGCGACGCGAGCGACUGCAUCAUAAAAAUACCUACUUAAGCCGAGCAGCUGCCUGUUUUGUAUAUAAUCAUUAAAUGGCUGGAUGCAGGCAGCAGCUGCUGCUGUUGAUCCUCUUGACCUUGUCUGCUGCUGCGCCUGCUGUUGAUCCUGUUGCUGUUUGUGUUCUAUAAUCCUUUUAAAACUUAAAACUUGUGUAAAAAGAUUGCUGUACAUUUUAUGUAGACGCUGUGGGCGACAGUUUUAAU